ACCGAUCGCCGCCGCCGUCCAGUGCGAUCGCAGCGACUACCACUACCACGAAAUCGUAGUCAUUGUUUGUUAUUAUUAUUAUUAUUAUUAUUAUCAAGUCCGAUCAGAAACGUCGAAAACCCACAAACUCACGACGACGGUCCGCUGGAAGAGCUUUUUAUCGGCGUGACUGUUAUAAACGAUCGGCUCGACGACAUCAUCGUUUACAAGUAGUCUACAACGAUCGGCGAGACGGGUGACCGACCCAUCGAGCGCGUCCACUCGCGGAGUCGGCGGUCAUGUCGUGAAACCCGUAACUCCGCCGGACGGAUAAGCGUACCCGAUAGCAGCACUGUGACCGUUGUCCCGGGUCCUUUCGUCACAACAUCACAACAUGCGCCCGAGCGGCGGCGUCUGCCGAGAACUCCUGUUGUCCGGUUACUGUCUGACGCUGUGGCUUUUGCUGCUGAUCGCGCCGGUACGAAGUAGUGUAAGAUUUAUAACUGAACCUAGUGAUAUUGUAACAACUGCCGGUAAAACCAUACGAUUGGAUUGUGAAGCAAAUUUUGAUAGUGUUGCUACAUUGCCUCAAAUUAGAUGGAGGAUUCCUGAUGGACAAUACUUCGAUUUUAUCGGAGAUACAAGAAGAUCUAUUUUGAAAAAUGGGUCUUUGCUUAUUAAAAAUGUUUUCAAUAAUGACGAAAAAGAUAUUUCUGAAGGUUUAGAAGCAUAUCAAUGUGUAGCAUUUGUUGAUAAUAUUGGUUCUGCUGUCAGUCGUAUAGCAACUGUAACUCUUGCACGUUUAUCGCCAUUUGAAAAACAACCAACAGAUCUAAGACUUCUUCCUGGACAAACAGCACAUUUCUCUUGUGUUAUUAAUUCUCAACCUUUACCAAAAAUUACUUGGUUUAAAGACCAUUCACCAUUAGUAAUAGAUGCUCGUAUGACAAUAUUCCCAUCAGGAUCAUUAGAAAUUGAUGAUGUUCAUAAAGAAGACAAUGGUGCUUAUAGAUGUAAUGUUACUGGAUUGGAUAGGCAUAGAUUAAGUGACCCUGGAGUGUUGACAAUUGUUGAAAACGAAGAUACAAUUAAAAGAUUAAAAGCUCCAGAAUUUGUUGCUAAACCUCAUUCAACAAUAGCUUUGGAAGGAUCAAUGGUAACUCUAGAUUGUGCAGCUGUCGGAAAUCCACGACCACAAAUUUCUUGGUUAAAAGGUGGUACUCUAAUUGAUGUAGCACAUCUGGAUACUCGGUUUAGCAUAAUUGGUACUGGUGGCUUACAAAUAACACAAGUAAAUAAAAAUGAUGAUGGGAAUUAUAUUUGUCGAGCAGAAAAUCAUGAAGAUUCUGCUGAUGCUUCUGCUACAUUAGAAGUCCAUGUUAAACCACUAUUUAUUCGCAAACCUAAAGAUACAAUGGUUCUUGAAAAAGAAGACAUUACGUUAGAGUGCGAAGUAGCCGGUAAACCUCCACCACGAGUCAUUUGGCUAAAAAAUGGUGAUAGAAUUAAACAAGAUGAAUACCUACAGUUUGUUAGUGGGACCAAUUUAAAAAUAUCUGGCUUGAUGACUAUGGAUUCUGGCAUGUUCCAGUGUUUGGCAUCAAACCCUGCUGGGAAUAUUCAGUCAUCAGCAUUUUUAAAUGUUUUUCAUGCAGAAAAUGUACCUAGUGCAAACAGUUCUACAAAUAUUAGUAAUGAUUUCGUCAACUCAUUCUCUGCAGCUGAAAAACCCAAGGAUUUAAAAAACAAUCUACCAUCACCCCCAAGAGCACUUGAAGCAAGUCUUGUAUCGUCUAGGUUAGCCACUUUAACUUGGAUUAUUCCACUUAAACCUAAUGGAGAGAUAUUAACUUAUACAAUAUUUUAUCAACAAGAAGGAUCAGACAGAGAACGUAUGACAAACACAACACAAACUGAUAUAACUAUCAACGAAUUAAUACCCGAUAAGCAUUAUCUCUUUAGAGUUAUAGCACAAAACAAAUAUGGUAUAGGCGAAAGUUCGCCGCGUUUAAAAGUAAUGACCAAGGCAGAAAUUAAUUUACCUGGACAACCCUUCAAUGUAACUGCUAAAACAGUUACACCUACAUCAAUAAUUGUCUCUUGGUCUAGACCAGAACACGGCAGUGAGAAUUUGAAAGAGUACAAAUUAUUUUAUAUGAAGGAUUCAACUACCGAAGAACAAUUUUUCAUAACAAAACAUACAGACCAUGAAAUAAGUGACCUUAGUCCAUAUACCAGGUAUAAAAUUUGGGUAGUGGCAUACAAUCAAAAUGGUCCCGGGAUGAACUCUUUAGAAUUGGUUGUUUUAACAAAACCUUCAGCUCCAUCUCAACCGCCACAAAAUAUUGUUGUUGAAGCAAUUUCUUCUACGGAGAUUAAUAUUAGAUGGGAACAUCCACCAAAAUCCAGCCAAAAUGGAGUUAUAACCGGUUAUAAAAUUCGAUACAAAAAACCAGAUAAAAAAUCAUCUGGUGACACCAUCACAACGGCUGGUGAUAAUUUAGAAUAUCAAAUUUCUGGAUUAGACAAAAGUUCAACUUAUCAAGUUCGUUUAUGGACUUUAAAUACUGUUGGAAAUAGUCCACCUUCAGAGUGGUUUACAGUUUUAACAUUUGAUAAAAAUCUUAGGGAAGAUACCGUACCGGAUGCACCUACUAAUUUCAAAGUUCGAGCUUUUUCCAAUUCACUAUUGGUAACCUGGUCUCCGCCAAAAGAUAAAAGUAUAAUUGUUAGAGAAUAUACACUAGCAUGGGGUAAAGGUGUUCCUGAUGUGUAUAAGGAAAAAUUAAAUCCAAAAAUACGACAAUAUGAAAUUAAAAAUUUGGAACAAAACGCUGAAUAUGUACUGAGUCUAGCUGCUGUUAAUGAUAUGGGUUUUGGACCAUUAGCAUACCUAGUAACAACCAUAAAAGAACAAAAUAUUGUAAACACAUUGGAGGAAUCAUCAAACCCAAUAAUACCACCAAUUGGUUUAAAAACUAACGUUAUAUCACCAAAUGCCAUAGAAGUAUCAUGGACAGAUAAUUCUCUUUUAGAUGAUUUUGAUUCAAAUGUUGAAGAUGUACGUCUGUAUGUUGUGCGAUACAAAUCGUCCUAUUCAACUAACAAAUCACGUUACAAUUAUGUAAACACCACUGAACUUUCUUGCAUUAUUAAUGAACUAAAACCUAAUACUCAGUAUGAGUUUACAGUAAAACUGAUAAAGGGCCAAUAUGAAAGUGCAUGGAGUUUACUCGUUAUGAAUAAUACUCAAGAAGCAAAACCAGCAUCACCACCAAGAGAUUUAACUGCUGUUAAAAAUGAUGAUAAGCCUCAAUCUAUAACAUUAAAUUGGCAACCACCAAAAUUUUCAAAUGGACAAAUUAUUGCAUAUAUGAUUUUAUAUACAACUGAUGAUACAAGUUCAGACAAUGAGUGGAUUACUGAAACAGUUGAAGGAGAACUUAUGUCUUACUCAAUUAAAGGACUGACACCAAGUACUAAUUAUUUUUUCAAAAUUCAAGCUAAAAAUGCUAUUGGUUAUGGUCCAUUUAGUCCUACUAUUAGUAUCAAAACAUUGCCAGGUGGUAGUCCUUACAAUGAUGGAACAUCAUUAAAAGAUGGGAAAAGUGGUAUAAACAACACAACUAUUUUAUACAUACUGAUCGCAUGUUGUUUGUUACUUAUAUCAUGUAUUGGAAUUGGAAUUGCUUUAUUGUGUUGUAAACAAAAUAAACCAUUAAGAAAUCGAAGUAAAAAAGGGUAUAUAAAAGGAUCGACUGGUUAUAAUGCAAAAGGGGUAGCUCAGUCUCCAAGCAUUAAACCCCCAGAUUUGUGGAUACACCACGAUCAAAUGGAACUAAAAUCGAUGGAAAAAUCUUCUCAGGGUUCAUUAGAUACGAGUUCUGGAUGUGGUCAAGGAAGUUCAAAUACGUAUGAUGGUCCUGACACCCGUGUUACCAUACAUCAUGUACCACAAGCUACAAAUUCUUUAGAAAAAAGUAACUACGUUUCAUCGUAUGUGGGUAAUACAAUUAUGAAACCUUUAUUGUCGGAUGAAAAAGUCUCCACAUUAAAAAAACGCUUUAAACCCAAAUCUGUUGUUUUACCUGUUGAUUCAUUUGAUUCUGUUUACCAUGAUACUAUGGCAACAUUACCUAAUCAAGAAUCCCGUUCACCUCAUCCAAAAUCUCAAUACGCAACCACUACUAGAGCUCAUGUAACUGUAGAUUUAACAGCCGGAGCUCCUGAAAAUAAUUAUAUCGUUCAAGCUACUACAGUUCCUGAUAAAUUUGAAUCCAUACCAGUAUCAUCAGCUGCAAAUCUACAACAACAGCACACAGCAUUACUAAAUUCUAGUGAAAAAAGACAACAAGGUCAUCCUUUAAAAAGUUUUAGUGUUCCUGCACCUCCGCCUCAGUCAGCGCCAUCUACUCCUCAACAAAAACACAUUGUAACAGUCAGACCUCAAGGUUCAUCCAGUCCAUACAAAAAAAAUAUUUACUCAGCUAUUAAUAAUUCACCAUCCAGUACAUCUGUGUCUAGUGGUCCUAAAACGUGGAAGUCACCAUUAACUGGUUCAAAUCAAAGAGAUACUAUAACUGAAGUAGAAUCUCUUAAUAAAAUACAAACUUCCUAUAGCACAGAAGAACUCAAUCAAGAGAUGGCAAAUUUGGAAGGUCUAAUGAAAGAUCUGAGUGCAAUUACUGCAUCCGAAUUCCAGUGUUAGGCACAAUUUUUUUAUUUUCAUUUAGGUCUGUUAAUUAUAAAAGAAAUUACUUUUUAAAACAUACAUAUUAUUUAGAUUUAAUUUUAAGUAUUAAAUGCAGUAUAUCAUAAAGACUGAUCUCUGAUGUCCAGAGUGACUAUUUUAAACCACCAGAUUACAUUUGUAGGGUUAUGUGUAUAUUUUUAUUUAUUUAGACACUUGUUUGUAAAAAAAAAAUGUAUGAAUUUUUCAUUCCUGUUUCUUUUGUGAUAUUUGAAAAAGUGAUUUUUGGUAAAUUAGCAAUAACUUAAUAUGUUCCCAUUUAUGAUUUAUAUAGAUUAUAUAACCUUACAAGUUUGUUCUGGUAAUUAUGUGUUAUUUCUGUCACAUGCGCUUAAUAGGUAUUUCAUGAAAUAUUAAAAGUAAUUUUUGCAAUAUAAAUGAUAAUUUAUCACGCAAAUUUGACCACCUGUUCCCCCUCCCACCAUCUUGUACACAUAUAUCCGAUAUAAAAUUUUUAACAAAUUAAUAUUUUUUGUUUAAACAUUUGAUAUUCUUCAUCAUAGGUAAAGUUGUAUCAUCUAUUUUGUAUUGGUCAUUUUAUAUUUUAUCACAAUAUGCAGAACGUGUAUUAUUUAUGUAAAAUUAAAGUUAUUAUUAUUAUUAUGAACUACUUGUUAUAAUGGUUAUAAAUGGCUGUUGAUUAGGUUAGGUUUACCAGCAAUACAUUUAUGUUAUUUUCUAUAUAUUCAACUGUAAAUGACCAAGCAUUCUUAUGAUUAAAAUUUUUUUUUUACAAAAGUACAAAGUAUUUAUUAAUAAGGACUAAAAUAAUAUGCCCUCAUACAUUGCAUAAAAAUUGUGAUUAAUAAUAAUUAAGUCUUUAAAUUUGUUUAAAUAAUUCAUUGAAUCAAAAUACAAAAUGUAUUAUAUUAUUGUUUACUGACAGUCUAAUUUUUUUAUGGCAUGUAACAAAUUUUAAUUAAAAUGUAUUAAAUCUCUUUUGUUAAUGAAAAAAUAAUAUUAAAAACAUUUAAUUGAUGUUAUGAUAAAAUUGUAUUCCAAGAUUAAUUUUUUUUUUCUAUUUGUGCUUUAUAUUAAUAACAUUGCAUUUUAUCAGGUUGAUAAGUACUAAUUUUCUAAAUACAUUAAAUUAUAGUAUAGUUGAUCUUUAAAUUAAUAUUUGUACUUUACCUCUGGCAAUUAAAUCAAAAUUAUAAAAAUUUUAUACUAGUCGACUGGUGGUAUAACUGUGUCAGAGAAUAUUUUUUAGUAAUAUUUUACAAAACACUAUUCUGAAAAUGUAUACUUCUAUUAAUUUAAUAUAUCUUUCUUAAAUGUAUUUCGUAACAGUUGAAUAGAAUAUAGAUUAAUAUAUUCUAAUCACAGUUUCACUAGCCAUUAUUUUAUCAAAAUAUGAGAUUUUGAGUAUUAUUUUUAUAUGAUGCACAUAAUAUUAUAAUUUUUUAGUUACAACUUAUAUUAAUAUAUCUUAAAGAUAGUUUUCUUUUUAUCUCUUUUAGUUUUUAAUAUUAUACUGCCAUCAAAAUAAAAUGCAACUAUCGCAAUAAUGCAUCAAUUAUUUUUUUUUGUAUAUUAUGUAAGAUAUUUGUAAAUUAACAUUCUCUACACUUUUGUAAAUAACUAACUAAAAUUACAAAAAUAUCAUUCAUAUAAUAUGUCUUAACAGUUAAUUUUGAUUUGAACAGAAAAUUAUUUGCUAAAACAUAAAAUAUUGUACUUAUUCAUGAAUGAUAUUCUGUAUGACAAUUAAAAAAAUAUUUUGUUUGGUUUUUUAAACUUGAUAUUAUAAUCAAAUUUUUUUAAAAAAAAUAAGAUAUUUAAAUAAUAUGUACCAGUGAUAUUUUUGCUUUAUGAUAUAAUAUGUAUAAUUUAUUUUUAUAAUUUACUGUUUAAUUUAUUUUAUAUUUUUAUAUUUUUUCAUUUGUUUAAAAUUAACACAAACCAAUAAUUGAUUUUUAUAUUUCAUUAAUCUCAAAUGUUUUUUUUUCUUUUUGUAAUAUCUUAACUUGCCCUUAAUUUAUUAACCCUUCCAUAGUUUAUGCAAUAAUUUAAUACAUAAUUUGUUAUUAUAAAUAUUUAUUUUAACUAUUUAUUUGGCUAUCUAUCAAAUCUAAAAUUUGAAAGUGCCUUAAUUAUUUCAAAAAUUAAAUUUAUUUCUUGGAACUUUCUAUACACAAUCAAAAAAAAUGUGCUGUUAUCCUUAAGUAGAUAGACUUUUAGUUUUAGUAAUGAAUUUCAAUCAAAACAUCACAUGCCUGUACAACAGUUUUAUGUUUAUACAAUUUUAUAUAAAAUUUGGUACUAACUUAAUAUGUAAUAACUAUUAAUCUUAUGUUAUAGAUCUCUUAAUCAAAUGUCUUUUUUUCAUGUCUUAUUUAGUGCUUUAUUUUUACAAAAAUAAUGACAAAUUGUAGUUCCUCUUUUUUAUCUAAACUUGUAUUUGUAUACCUACUUCAAACAUGUACAUUAUUUUUAAUAAACUUUUUUAU